AGCCCUUGAGAAUGCACUGUAAGAGCUGUGCGCUGGUGACCAGCUCUGGACAUCUACUGGGGAGCAAGCUCGGGGAGAAAAUUGACCAAACGGAGUGCGUGAUAAGGAUGAACGAUGCACCCACUCGGGGAUAUGGACAAGAUGUUGGCAACAAGACCAGCCUACGUGUUAUUGCACAUUCCAGCAUUCAACGAAUCCUGAGAAAUCGCAACGAACUGUUGAACAUGAGCCAAGGAACCGUCUUCAUAUUUUGGGGACCCAGCAAUUAUAUGAGGAGGGAUGGAAAAGGUUUGGUAUAUAAUAACCUGCAACUGAUAAAUAAGAUACUACCUCGAUUAAAGGUACAUAUAAUUACGCGGCACAAGAUGCUUCAGUUUGAUGAACUUUUCAAGAAAGAGACUGGGAAAGACAGGUACAGUUUAACCGUAUAAAUGAACAAUCUAUGUGUGUUUUCUCUAAAGUACAUGCAGUCCCCUGAGUGUACCACCCUGGAAUUUCUCAUCAGCAUGAUCUGUCCUUGGAAGCUGGUAUUUAGCGGCUGGAACAGUUGAUUGGAAAGAGGCCAUCUAAUUGGCCGCAGUUAAAAGAAUAUGAUUGCAGCUUCGUAACAUGCACCUGCAAGGGGAUGAAUAUAUUCCAUUGUGUUCCAUCUUCUGGCACAACAGAGUUUCAUUUCUUUGAAAUGUCUCUGCUGUUCUAGAGAGAAUAAGUAGGAAAAACAAAAGAAACAAAAAAAAAAAAAAAUUGCCGAACUAAGAUUGAGACGACUGAACUUUUAUGACAGAGAUUAUUUGAAAACAGUUCAUUGGAUUUCUGCUAGACAUGUAUAGGUAGAUUAGGAAUAAAGGAUAGGACCAAUGAUCUCACACUAUAUGCAAUAACGCAGUGAAGGGUCUCUUAUUUGGAUAUUCCAGGCCUUUGACCCUUUUUCAUGUGUCUAAUAGACAGAAGAAGAAGAAAACUAUUUGACCUUUUUUGUGAAUAUAAGUUAAAUAGUGAGGACUAAAACAAGAGGGUAUGACUUGACAUUGGAGGCUGGAAGACUGGGGGAUAAUAUGUAGAAAUACUUCUUUAUAGGAAGGGUUUUACAGAACUCUCAAUGAAAGAACUGAAAACCAACAAAGUGAAGGAAUGAGAGAAUGCACGGAAAGAGGAUAAGGCUAUCCUGAAGCAAAAAUGAGAAAACCAGUCUAAUAUUUUAUAAUAGGCAGAUUCAGAUGGUUGAUUUGUUUCUACAUAAACCUCUCAUCAAUAUAAUGUAUAUGUAUUGCUGUCCCCAAAUGAUACACAAUCCCUUUAGGGUUAUUUACUAAAGGGAGAAUUCAGAGUAAAAUCCAAAUUUAAGGUCAAAAUAGAUCAAUUAGAAAAACAAAUCUAUAUGCUUCCAUUUCUGCUACCCAUGGCUUACAAUAUGAAAUUCACUGUGAAUUCUCACUCUAGUAAAUAACUAUGAUCGUGUUCAGCUCGACAUUGUGAAUUGUAGAAUGCUGUUAAUGGCACUGGUGCGGAGGCUGCUGGAUGUUUAGACCCUAGCUUACUUGGACAUUUACCCUUUCAGUACCGAUGGAUGCUGUGAUACUUCUAUUUUUUUUUACUAUUGUACUGGAAUGUUUAUACCGUACAGGACCCUUUAUUCCCCAGUAUUGAGCAGGAUAGAAUCGUACUGGGAUAUUUAUUAUUCCACAUUGAUAACUGGUUCCUUUAUUCCACCCACUGGGGGAGACUGCAACAGUCUUUAAUUCCCUGAUAUUGUGUGCUGGAUUUAGGACUUGAUAGGUGUGGAGCGGAAAAUGUGACGAACCUUAAUGUGUUUAAAUUUACAUAUCCAACAUCAUAUCAGUUAUGGACUGCGAUGGUUGCAAUGACACAACUUCCUUUUUUUCCCCUUGUUUGUUGCAAAAUUAGAAGCGCUUCUUUUGGAUCAACAGCAAAAAACAAAUGUGAGGAAUGUCGAACUUGAUGGACACAAGUCUCUUUUCAGCCUAUGUAACUAUGUAACUUGAAACGGAGCCUCCACAUAGUACAGGCUGAGUACUGGGAAGCUAUUCAUGAAUAAAAAAAAUACAGUUUGAUACGUAAUAAGUGGAGCUCCACUAUAGCGGCUACAGCCCAUUUCAUAACAAAUAAAUGGGGGAAAAAAUAAACAUUUACUAGUGGGGCUGCUUUGGGCUCAUUACAAAGCAUUGACAUGGAGCUAUAGCUUUAAUAAUCCCUAUGUUAUCCGGUCCUGCUGAUAUUGAAGAGAGCAGGGACCUUUAUUUCACCAAAUGAAGCAUCGAUCUCUUGUUUUUUUUAUACUGAGCAUAUUCAAGAUACCUGCUCGUAAAUUGGAUUACACCGUGUUAAGCCUCACUACCGCUGAAAAAAAAGACUAAAUCAGAUUACUGCAGAUUAGUCAUUAAGACAUCAGACUAUAUUUUAGCCUUAGCAGUGUCUUCAUUUAGCAGUGUUUGUCAACAUUAAAGGAAAGCAGGUGUUACAAGUGUGGCUUUUAUUUUAAUUUUAUUCUCUUCAUGACAGUGGGUCGGGCAGAUUCCUUUUUUUUUCAACACUUCCUGCAAUUAUCUUUCUAAAGUUAUUAAAUACAACAUUAUAUGCUAUGCAGUUCAUUGACAUGAGAAAUAAAUGCUAAUUAAAGACUUAUACAUUUUCUCUGAGAUCACAAAUUAAUUCCCACACAUCUAUUCACUGAGGUGUGAAUUUAUGGAAAUUCAAAGUGAAUUACAAAUUUUAGGCAAAAAUUGAUUCUCAAACAAUUCAGACUUUGUGAGUGAAUAGCCUUAGAGUAAUUAAAAGACCCUAUGAAUGUGCAUUGUUCUACUAUAAAGUCUAGCUAGAACAAUAGGGUACCAUCUAAUGUUGGAUGGAGAGGAAUUUGUAGCCAAAAGAUGCGGUGAGAAGUCUUCCAGUAGAGGUGGUGGAUAUUAAUAAUGUAGACAAGUCGAAGAAAGCUCAGAAUUUGCUGCUUCUUAAGUUGGAAACAAACUCAAGAACAAAGAAUGUAAUUUUAGUUAGGGAACGGAUGUAAGUGAAAUCGUAGUUAGGGACAGAUGGAUAGACGGGCAAAUUAGUUUAUGUCAAUCAAAUCCAAAUCUAUGUGUUUGCAUCUAAAAGAGUUUUUCAAUUUGAAAGAGUAAUUCAAUUUGGAGAAAAGGAAGAAUUGUGUAGAAGAAUUGCUAAUUAGUAAAUGUAUAUUUUUAAUUGAAAACACACUAAGAAAAAUGCAAUCCCACACUACAACAAUAACUAUUAAAGAGGGCCUCGCUAGUAAAAUAAUUACCAGGAUAAUAGAUCAAUGAGCAUUAUAGAUGGCACUUUAGAUAAUGUGUUUCUGCUCAUUGGAAUCUGGUAUUCAGUGGUCAAACUUUUUUUAUACUGAGGAUAUUCAAGAUACCUGCUUGUAAAUUGGAUUACACCGUGUUAAGCCUCACUACUGCUGAAAAAAAAAGACUAACUGAACUACGGAAUCAGUUGGUGCAAUAUAAAUGGCAAUAAUAAUAAUAAUAAUAAUAAUAAUAAUAAUAAUAAUAAUAACUAUUCCUAGAGUGUGGCUUCUUAUACAAUAAUGUUUGCAGUAAAUAUAUUUGCAACAAAUUCUCACGCCAUAAAAUCAGGAAUAAAUCUGUCCAUAUAGGCUUACAUCACUGUAUCUAAUCCUUAUUAUUUUGUGAUAGGAAAGCUUAGUGUCUAAUUUAGCCAUUUUUCAACACUCGUCUUAUUUCAACUCAUUACUACCUCUUUUAGAAGGCCAUACCAUGCAUCUACAAACCUGGCUUAUAAUAAACAUGAACACUAUAGUCACUAAAACAUCUUUAGCUUAAUGAAGCAGUUUAGUGUAUAGAUCAUUCCUCUGCAGUUUCACUGCUCAAUCCUCUGCCAUUUAGGAGUUAAAUUACUUUUGUUACUGUUUAUGCAACUCACACAGCCUGCAUGAAAACAAAAUGGUUUCAUUUGCACACCUCCAUUGGCUGUGACUCACACAGCCUGCAUGAAAACAAAAUGGUUUAAUUUUCAAUCAGAUGUUACUUACUUUUACCCCUGCUUUGUAAAUUGAACUUUCAUUGGAUACUCCUACAGGGUCUAACAAGCUAUGAACAAGUCAGGAGUUAAGAAAUUCUAAAUUAAACAUAAUUUGCAAUAAAUUAAGUGUAUACAUUAUAUCACUCUUUACAGGAAGUGUUUAGGAAGGCUGUGCAAGUCACAUGCAGGUAAAGUGUCACUAGGGCUGUAUAAACAAAGUGAUUUAACUCCUAAAUGGUAGAGAAUUGAGUAAUGAAUCUGCAGGGACAUGAUCCAUGCACCAAAACUGCUACAUUAAGCUAAAGUUGUUUUGGUGACUGUGGUGUCCCUUUAACACAUCAGGUUUUCUUACUGGUGGACCACAGCUUGAUAACAUCAUUGAUGUAACAAUUUCUGACCCAAAAGCUCUGAAUGAAAAUACGUUUUUUAUUUAAUUUUUUUUAUAUUGUGUAAAUAUAAGCAGUCUUUUUUAGCAGGAGAAAUCCGCAGAAAACAUAUGCAAACUAGGUGCAUUACCAACUCUACAUUCAGUUAUCAGAGACACUGUCUGUAAAUGUAAACUACUGGAGAUAUUAUUUUGUCUUAUUUUUGUAAUGUUUAUCCCAUUUAGGACAGCAGCAGGUGAAUAAUGCAUGUGCUAUUUUUCUUUCAGGAAGAUUUCGAACACAUGGCUCAGCACUGGGUGGUUUACAAUGAGCAUCGCCUUAGAACUCUGUGACAGGAUUAACGUGUACGGUAUGGUAGCACCAGAUUUCUGCAGGUAAAAACCUGUAAAUUAGAACGCUCUAACAAAUUCUUCUUUAACUGUCUCAUUAAAGUGGAAUUUACACUGGAUGAAAAAACACGCUCACCUGAGAUACACUGUACAUAAAAAAUAUAUUUCCAGACUAUGAAGAAAAUAUUCAAAAUAAUCAACACAGAAAAAACACCACUUUCAGAAAUCUUAAAUAAAAAAAAAAAAACCCAAACAACCUGUCAGAAGUCUUAAAAUCUGUUUAUUUAUUUAGGCAUAGCCUAACAAAUUAAAUGCAGUGUGUAUGGACCAGGAUCCAUCAAAUCUCAUUCUGAUCUGAAAGUUAUAGCACUGGUGAACAGACACAAACAUUCUACAGUACGGAUUCAUUGGCGUCUCCAUUCUCAAUGUCUCAGGUAGUUCCGUUCUUUCGUGAUGCUGGUUUUCAUUCUCUCUUAUUUCGGGCAAUGCAUCAUCAGAAUUAGAACCUCUUAAUGCUUGUCAACCGUAACUAUUAAUUAUAAGCGAUUCAGUCGGACCUAAUGUGUUUUCAUAUCUCUUUAUAUGGAGGAUGUCUCAGAGGUACUGGAAAUAAAUAUUUUAAAGUAAAUUAGCCUGUUUGGAACACAGUCGGCAGAGGAAAAUUACAAUGAAAUGAAAAUACAGUGCAGCUUGUGGAUAUCUAGUCUGCCGGUUCCAAGCUAUUUUAAAGGAAUGGUGACGUUUCUGUGGUUUUUGAGGGAUCUGCAGCCACAGAGACAUGGUACAUUUUGUAAAGCGUGUUACCUCAUAGAUUCCUGUGUCUACUGAUGAGGGGUAAAUAUUGUACAUGCCUCAUUGUAAGGAUUAUGUGAAGCCAACGCUUCCUGCAUGGCCAUCUUCAGUUUUUAUGGGUUACGAGCCCCUCUCCUCCUCUGUCUGUUCCAAGAACUCACAGAACUUACAUUGUUAACACCUCACAUCCCUGAUGACCCUUUGCCCCUUUACACACUAAAAGGCCCUGAUGACCCACUGUUAAACUCUCUUAACUCUUCCCUGCCGUACACAUUCCCAAUGCCGCUUGCCCUUCAAAACCCUAAAUCCUAUUAUUUUAAGAAAAAAACAAAACUUUAUUUGUUAGAUAUAAAUCAUUUCUCUCGGGUUGUACAUUCCAUUCUAGCUUUUGUCCAGAAAAAAAUAGAAUGGCAAUACUAUGUUUUAAAAUAAAAUGUGUAGAUUUUAAUUUCAUGUUUGAAUGGCUGCCAUUCUGGUUAGAUUACUCAUAUAUACCCCAGAAUGUUUCUGUGUGAUUGGGUCUACAUAGUUUUAAAGCUAUUUCUGGAUUUAUCCCAUCCCUCUAUUUUGCACUGCUGUCUUCUAGAAUAGGGAUAGGCAACCUUCGGCACUCCAGAUGUUGUGUACUACAUCCCCCAUAAUGCUCUUACACCCAUAAUGCUGGCAAAGCAUCCUAGGAGAUGUCGUCCAAAAGAUCUGGAGUGCCGAAGGUUGACUAUGCCUGUUCUAGAAUGUACCCCAUCGAUGUCCGGUGAAACACACACUUAAAAUCUAUUAGAAGGAGAAUUUACACCUUCAGAUGCCUGCCGUAAUAAGCUAAUCGUUGCUAAUAUAUUAUAAGUAAUGCCAUUUAACUAUGCUAUAAUGUACUUUUCAGUGAAGACUUAAAUUAAACUGUUAAAUAUUUUUAAAUGAUUAUAUAUACGCACAAACACCAGUACAUACGUAUACACACUAUUAUUGAUUCACCAGCUUGCUUCUUUUGCCAAGCAGGCACUGGGAACUAUGUAAUAAUCAAAUAAAAUCUGUCUUUAUUCAAUACAUGAAAUCACUAAAAUACUUCUUCUUCAAUCUGAGGUGCCCCAAAAGCAGUCCACAGGCUUUUCCUCACGUAACAUGCGGGACAUAUGUUUAACAGGCACAUUUUUAUAUUUUAAGCAGGCUUUGUUCAAUAGAUCAUUAUACAGGCUAAUAAACAAUAUAACUUGAAAUAACAGAAGAUUCAUUCUAGAUAUCGAGACGUUGCUAGUCUGGCUUGCAGUGCUAACACAGCUUGGGUGAGCAUUCAUUCUAGCGUGUUGUCGUAUAUAGUGCUAUAGCUAAACAGCAGAGAACAGCACACGAUCUGCGCUAGUGCAUAGGGGCCUUUAGUGUUGGGUAAGCGGGCUAGGGAGGAAGGCAGAUAGGGUGUCAGUGGCUACCAGGCUAGGAACAUGUAGAGACAUAUUAGUUACUCAUAUUUCAGGAGAUACUCCCGUAUGUUUAAAGCUAUUACAAUGCAGUAAAAUGGGAGGCUUCUCUGAACCUGAAGCAAAUUAAAGAAAACAAAACAACAAAUAUUCAAAACUGUUAUGUCUUAGCGUUAAAUUAUCCAGGCAUGUGCCUUCUAAUGAAAAAAUGCCAAGCAGUGAGUCUGACAUGCCUUAAUGUUUAGUCCCCAUAGGCAGCCCCUCUGUGACCAUGGCUUCCCCCGGCGUCAGUCCCAAUGUUUCCCAUUGAUAGGUAUAGUAACCAAAAGUCCCAUGAGUCAUGCCAAAUGGCCCUUCUCAGCCGAUGCCCCCACGUGGCAGAAGGUGUGCAAGCCUCCUGGUGAGCUGUCGCAGUGCAUUUCCAGCAGGUGCUUCCAUCGGUGGUGCAGCCGGGAGCUGUUCCCACGCAUCCCAGGGAUGCGGCCCAUGGGGCUGGUCAGCGUCGUAGCAGGCUUUGUGAGCAUUGCGAGGGUUUACGCUGUGCUGGUUCAGAGUUGUUAGUGCCGCUGAUUGGUAGGUUGGACGGGUGUGUCGGUUGGUCCUAUUCUGGGGCUUGGGGUCAUGAGCAUUGCUGUCCGAGGGCCCCGGCGCCUUUUCCCGCCAUGUUGAUCCUCGGCUUCGUUUCCAUCUGGAGGCCGCUCGGGAGUUACUAGGUGGGUACUCCUGCAGGUGGCAUCGGGUAGCCGGGCGUAUCCAUGCCUUUGCUUCUCUCACCGCCAACUUGUAGGUCUGUCUCCUGUUUUUGAGCUUCGCCCAGAGAUAGGUGCAUAGCCGGCCAAUGAACUCCAGUGUGUGCCUGGGCGGCUUAAUAGGUGUUCGUUGGGUCAUCUUGGCUGGGCUCGGUUUGUCUCGUUUGGCUGGAGGUUUAGUCGCUUGGUUAGGCGGUAGUGUGGGGGUGGUCGCCCCCAGCAAGGAACUGGGAUGUCCCCCACCGGUCCAGAGGGGGGUUAGCAGGGCUGUAGUAGACACUUGCUUGUGUGCUCGUCCCGUGCCGGGAGAUUGGCCGCCUCUCCCGGACCUCAGGCUUUGCUCUGGUUUAGGCAGCAAGGACCGGGAUGUCACUCACCGGUCCAGAGGGGAGGGUAGCAAGGCUGUAGUAGAUACUUGCUUGUGUGCUCGUCCCGUGCUGGGAGAUUGGCUGCCUCUCCCGGACCUCAGGCUUUGCUCUGGUUUAGGCCGCAUGGCCGAUGGAGGUUUUUCCUCGGUGCACUGGUGCCGGACAGGUACCGUUUCGUUUGUCAUGUUGCUCUGUGUCUAUUCCCGGUCACUUUGUGCCUCCAACGUAAUAGUGUUGCUCGGUUUCAGCUCAUAUUUGCCAUUUGUUGUAAGAGCUCCUAGGACAUGCAACCGGCCAUCUCGGCUGUCAGGCACCGCCCCUCAGUAUGUAAUAAUCAAUUGCAUAAAAUAAUAAUAAAAAAUGGAGUGUGGAAAAAAAGCUGUAAUAUUGUUUAUUUCAAAUAAAUUUACUUGUUUUUGCGUCAACCAUCAAAAACUAUAUUGCAUAAAACUAUUUUACUGUGAUAUAUAGUAAAGAAAAAUGCACAUACAAAAUAUCACUUGUACAAAUUAGUAUGUUAAGAGAACACUUAAGGCUCAUUUCCAUGCUUGUCAUGGUCAUUAUCUGCAUUGUCUGCCUCCAUUGAUACCGACCACCACUCCACAUUUACCAUGUUGCAAGCUGGACAUGUGUCAAGAAAAGAGCUAAUUUUCCAAUUAAUUGCCACCAUAACUCCUCCAGGACUCUAUAAAAAAAAAAAAAAUUCAGUUCGAGCACACUACAUCUGCGAUUGUCUGAGCAAAAUUACCUUAGUGUUUCUGGAAACCUGACUUGUCAAAUUUCACCGGCAUUAACUGUAAAUGAAUGACAAUGCUUAUAGAUGGGUUUUAGUCCUUAAAUAUAUAAAAAAAAAUUGUAUCCCGCUGUAGUGGUUACAGUACAAGGAGCACAUUGUCACCGUCUCACAGUUAGAGGUCAAUCCAAAAUGUAAUAUGCGGUAACUCCCGGUAGAUGCUAACUAGUUUUAGUGAUUGCUGACUUGUUACUUAAUUAUUACAAGAAGAAUGAAAAUUAAACCAUUCUUGUGUAGUUUUAACAUGAAAAAUAAUAAAUAAUAAAAUAUGACUAACUCCUCAAAGUUUGGCUAGUAACUUGCUGCUAGUGAUAAAUGAAAAUAUUGCAGUAAUUAUUUGCAAAAAAUCUUCUUUUUUAAGUUUGUCUCCCUUAGUGUUUCAGAUAUAGUAUUACUUGUUUAAAUAGCACUUAUUCUGGUCCACACACAGUGCGUUCAUCAUUCAUUCACACAUCUCUCAGGGGUCUAUAUACAAAGUUCGAGUUGUAGCAAAAUGAAAACUAAAUGGCAGCGUUCGUAGUAAAAUAGCGGAUUUGAAAAAAAAUCCUCCAACUUAUCUGUCAUCACAUCUUUGAAUUUCUAACCUGAGUUUUGCCUUUAGAUUUGAAUUAGUUCUAGCUUGGAAUUGACCCCAUCAGCUCGCCCACACAGCUUGUCAAUCAUCACUCAUAUAAUAAAAUAUGUAUAAAAAGACUCAUGUCAACCAAAGUGCAUGCGCGUCAAUACUUUAUAUAAAGUACUAUUUGAGAUGAAGUUUGUCAUUACUGUUUGAGACCUUUAGGGAUUCGCUCUUCAGCUGUGUGUCAUAUGUGUAAAUACUAGCAAUCUGUACUGAACUGUAUCACAACCAUAAAAUAGUCACUUUAUAUGCAGCGUCAGCAAAACCAGGCACACGUAUAUUUCUUUCACCUCUUCAAUGAUGUAUAGACUUACAUUUCAUACAAAUGCAUUUUUCUGUAUUAUGUGAUUUAUAUUAUUUGGAGAAACAAAACAUUGUACUCAACUGUUCUUCAAGGUUGUCGCCGUUUAUUGAAGCUAUAUUCCACGUACGCAAACACUGAUAUAUAAUAUUUAUGAUGGCGAAAUAAAAUAUCUAUCUGUGGAGGGAGAUGCAGGCUGCUUGAAUAGAUUUUUAUUUUUGCAAGAAUGAAAGGUUCCCUGCAAAAUAAUAAUAAUAAAAUAUAUAUAUGAUAAAAAGAAAACAAUAUUUCCAUUUUUUUUCUUUUUGAAUGAAUUAGGGACCCAAUUGAAACAAGUUAUAUCAAAAGAUGAUUGAAACUAUAAAGAUACACAGAAGCAGAAUAUAAAAUCUGGGUUGAGAAUUAUACUUAUAGAUUUUAUCAAGUAACAGCUUGUGCUCUUCACUCUGGCUUUUUUUUAAUAAAAAUGUACAGAUUCACAAAAGGCCCCUGGCCAUUUUUUUACAUUUUCUUUUAUUAAAAAACUGUAUUGCAUUUUCAAAUUUGUAAAAGCUGAGCAUGUAAUAUUCAGAACCACUUAUAUGCUUGUGUCUUUCUACAGGGCCCCAAACCAUACAUCUGUUCCUUAUCAUUACUAUGAGGCAAUGGGACCCGAUGAAUGCACCAUGUAUAUUUCGCAUGAGCGUGGACGGAAAGGAAGUCAUCACCGUUUUAUUACAGAGAAGAAAGUUUUUGCUAACUGGGCACGGACUUUUAAUAUUCACUUUUUCCAACCAGAUUGGAAACCAGAAUCACAAUCGUCGAGGUAUCCAGCUGUAAAACCAAUGUUCUAAAGAGGAGGUGUAAGCUAGUCAAUCACAGUAGGCCCCUCCCACUAGGAACUGAAAAGGAAUUCAACAGAAAUCUGCUGCAUUAUUGGAGUUGUUCUGAUAUAUGGAAGAUUUGUGAAUGUGGACAAUCCUCCUUCAAUCCAAUAUACUUUUAAUGACUCCUGUGUGCUCACAAAGAAAAUCCUUGGAGCCCAGACGUUGAUUGGUUUAGAGACUGUAUCUUUCAUUUACUUAAUCCAGAUAAAAGUAAUUUUAUAUCCCAAUGCAUUUCUUAAGUAUUUGAAGACUUUCCCAAGUUGCACAGUUCUUAUAUUUCAGUAUAUGAUCAGUGUUUUAUUAGUUGUAUUUAUUGUUCUAAUACAAAGAUUUUUUUCCUAUAAUAUUAUCCUUUUAUUCAUUUUACAUGUAACUGAAAAAUUGGAAAGCGUAUAAAACUAUUUGCUAUUCAGUUCACACCUUUGAACUCCCAAUACCUCAUCCAGAUUUAGGUAAAUACAGCUUUCACAUUGCUGUCGUGUGGCAGCAUGAUUAUUGCUGAAAUCAAUCUUACAUUAUUCAACUAAAUUAAACGGUGUAAGAUUUUGUAUAAAUUCUAUGUCCAUGAAAGGACAGGAGCGAGGUGAGAAGCUAAACUGCGAGGAGUGCCCUGCAGCAGGGCCUUCUAUAAUAUUAAUGAGACCCGGGGAAAGCAUUUUCUUGGGCUCCCUGGACUAUGCCCCCCUCCCCAGUCCCUGGCAUGCAAUCACACCUUCACCCCAAGCAGUGGGGGAACUAAAGUAGAAAGGUUCAAGACAUACACAGACAUAUACACUGACACAGAUAUAUUUACUGACAGACAUGCUGAUACAUUCACAGACACAUACAGACAUACUGACACACACACUGACAUACUGACAGACACACAUACUGACAGACAUACCAACACACACACAGACUCUGACACACACAUAUAUACUGACAGACAUAUUGACACACAUUCAGACACAUGCACACACACACAGACAUACUGACACAUACACAGACAGACAUACUGACACACAUAUAUACACUGACAGAUAUACUGACACACACAGACAAAUCCACUGACAGACAUAGAGACACAUGCACUGACAGACAUACUGACACACACAGAUACAUACACUGACAGACAUACUAACACACACACACAUACAUACUGACAUACACAGACGCAUACUGACAAUCAUACUGACACACACAUACAGACAUGCUGACACACAGACGCAUCCACUGACAGACAUACUGACACACACAGACACAUAAACUGACAGAUAUCCUGACACACAUAUACUGACAGACAUACCGACACACACAGGCAUAUACUGACAGACAUGCUGACACACAGACACAUACACUGGCAGACAUAUUGACACAGACACACACACACAUAUACUGACAGACAUACUGACACACACACACACACUGGCAGACAUACUGACACACACACUGGCAUACACUGGCACACACACACACACACACACACACACACACACAAAAUUUACACUUUUAAACUCACCCUCCAGUUUCCUAUCUUGCAGUGUGGCUUCCCUGGUGUCCAGAGUUGUAGCUGAGGCUGUUGGGGGUUAGCAACUGGCUCUCCCAGCCCAGCCCCUGUCCACUCUGCCUCCUUGCCUGCCUCCAGCUGUCAGCGCUGUCGAAAAGCAGUGGGCCCCAACACUUACAGAUGCCCACCGGUUGGGUCUUCCUGCAUGGGCCACCCGUUGGGCCUCCUUAGUGUGCAUGUCACCAACUCCAAAAGGGUCCCAUUGGGGGAAAAAAUAAAUAGUUGAGGGCAGCAGGGCCCACAGGGCAGCUGCUUUGGGCCCCACAGGAGUAACUGGGCCCGGGGCAGCUGCCCCGUUUGCCCUGCGUUAAAGACGGCCCUGCCCAGCAGCUGCCAAUGACCACAUUACUAAUGACUGUAUUUGGAGUAGGAGCCAUGAUUGGAUUGACAGUUGUAGGUUAGUCUAUAGAUAAAAUUUAACUAAAUUAAGGUUAACUGGAACAGAGUUAAUUUAGGGCAAGGUAGUCCUUGAGGCAGGUUAGAAGGCAUGUAUUUCAUAAAUAGGUCAAAGCAGCUUAAAUGAACAUAACUCAGAAAUUUGUUUGGAAAAGAAGGAAUCAGGCUAUUAGGAUAUCAGUUACAGGCAUACAGAUUGUAUGUAUCAAAUUUUCAAAUAUAUUCUAAACAUGGAACCAGAAUCAACCUAGCCAUUCAGUGGUUAUUCAAGUGUAAGUUCACCUGCCACGUCAAGGUAAACCUCUUAGGUGAGAAAUAAAAUAACAAUUCACCUUGCUGAUUUCAGCUAAAAGGCAAAAUCUCUAAUGAGACAGAGAAGGGUAUGUUUCUAAACACUUAUUAAAAGGACACCAUAGUCACCAAAACAACUUUAGCUUAAUGACGCAGUUUUGGUGUUUAGAUAAUGCCCCUGCAGUCUCAUUGCUCAAUACUGUGCCAUUUAGGAGUUAAAUCACUUUGUUUAUGCAGUCCUACACCUCCCUGCAUGUGACUUACACAGCCUUCUCUAAAUACUUCCUGUAAAGAGUCAUCUAUGUUGAUACUUCCUUUAUUGCUAAUUCAGUUUAAUUUAGAAUUGUUUAACUCCUGCUCUGCUAAUAGCUUGCUAGACCCUGCAGGAACCUCCUGUGUGUGAUUAAAGUUUGAUUUACAGAGCAGGAGAUAAAAAAACUUUUAGUUUUCAGUUUAGUUACAGCUUCUGAUUGAAAAUUAAACCAUUUUAUUUGUUUCAUGCAGGCUGUGUCAGUUACAGCCAGGGGAGGUGUGGCUAGGGCUGCAUAAACAGAAACAAAAGUGAUUUAACUCCUAAAUGGCAGAGAAUUAAGCAGUGAGACUUCGGAGACAUGAUAUAUACACAAAAACAGCUUUAUUAAGCUAAAGUAGUUUUGGUGGCUAUAGUGUUCCUUUAACUUUAAAUAGGGAACACACAAAAUUAAGCCUGAUAUUUAAACCUCAAACUCCCUCUAUUCUUGGAAAGCAAAUAAUAAUUAAAAAAAGGUAACCUGCACACUAUCCCAAAUCUCUAUAUACGUUCACCUGCCCCAUCAAGUAACCUACACUAACAAUUCGCCUUGCUGCUUUCAGCUAGAGGACAAAAUCUCUAGUGAGACACUUUAAUGGUCAUUGGACUGAUGCUAAAAACCUCCAGUUUAAAUGUGCAUAGGGAUUUAUAGCCAUUGCUGCCGCCCAGGAGUAGUGGGAGUUUGAGCAAAGGGCUUAAUUUUGUUUGUUUCUAAGAAGAAAAGGAUGUAAAUACAAACCAAAAUAAAAGGUAAAUCAAAAUUAAAAUCAUAAAAGCAAAGACAUGCGUUUUGAUAUGAGAUGUUCGAUCCAAGGGAAAAAGUAAAGGCCGAGGUCCUAAAAGCUGGUUCCCAGAUGGUGCGCACAGAGAAGUUACUAGAUCUCAGAGUAGCUUCGCUGAAUUUCAAAUCACCAAGCGGCACAUGGGAAAACAGUACCAAAAAGGCUCAGAGCUCCAUUCUGCAAAUAUAGUAAACUCCAAUCCCUCAGAGUAUUUUUGUAAGAUAAAAAUGAUGGUGACGGGAAGCAGGAUUAAAAAAUAAAAAUU